UCCAACAGCAGCUGGUCCAACUCCACCACAAGCGAGAGCCACCUCCUGAAGGAGAACUACACCUUCUCAGCGUACUACCAGCACUCCUCGCCCGUGGCCAUCAUGUUCAUCCUGGCCUACACCUUCAUCUUCCUCAUGUGCGUGAUCGGCAACAUCCUGGUGUGCUUCAUCGUGGUGAAGAACCGCCAGAUGCGAACGGUCACCAACAUGUUCAUCCUCAACCUGGCCAUCAGCGACCUGCUGGUGGGCAUCUUCUGCAUGCCCACCACCUUGGUGGACAACCUCAUCACGGGUUGGCCCUUUGACAACACCAUGUGCAAAAUGAGCGGUCUGGUGCAGGGCAUGUCUGUCUCCGCCUCUGUUUUCACGCUGGUGGCCAUCGCCAUGGAAAGGUUUCGCUGCAUCGUCUACCCUUUUCGUCAGAAGCUGACGCUGAGGAAAGCCCUGGUGACCAUCGCCAUCAUCUGGGUGCUGGCGCUGCUCAUCAUGUGCCCCGCUGCCAUCACCCUGACCGUCACCAGGGAGGAGUACCACUUCAUGGUGGACACCUACAACAACUCCUACCCCCUCUACUCCUGUUGGGAGGCCUGGCCUGAGACGGGGAUGAGGAGGAUCUACACCACCGUCCUCUUCUCCCACAUCUACGUGGCCCCCCUCGCCCUCAUGGUCGUCAUGUACGCCCGCAUCGCCUUCAAGCUCUUCAAGUCGGCGGCGCCUGCCCGAGGCCAAGAGGAGCCGGAGGGGAGGAAGGUCUCCCGGAGGAAGGCCAAGGUCAUUAACAUGCUCAUCAUCGUCGCCCUCUUCUUCACCCUCUCCUGGCUGCCCCUCUGGACGCUGAUGCUGCUGAUGGACUAUGGGCGGUUGAGCGAGGGUCAGCUCCGUCUGGUCACCGUCUACGUCUUCCCCUUCGCCCACUGGUUGGCCUUCUUCAACAGCAGCGCCAACCCCAUCAUCUACGGCUACUUCAACGAGAACUUCCGACGGGGCUUCCAGGAGGCUUUCAGGGCCCCCAUCU